CAUGUGGAAUUGGGAAGAAAAUGACAAUACACAGAGUAAAAACUUGCUGUUUUAGCUCUUUUCUCUUAGAAUACUCAUUCAAUCAUGAGUAAGGUCUCUUAUCGCAAUCAAAGUGAGCUGCAGAAGUUUGUAAGAUAGUAAAAGCGAACUCUAAUACUGACAGAAAAUCUAUAAGUCUAUACGUAAUGCGUUGAACCAUGAGCAAGUCAAGGAACGAGAAAAAGCCUCCAUCUCUACCGCCACCUGUGGCCACUAGCAAUGAUAUAAUUCCUGGAAAAUUUAAUGAAAAUCAAUGGAAUGCAUUGAUAGACCAAGAAAAUACUGUUGACUACGUACUCGAUCUCAUUGAUGAAAUCUUACACAAUACCGUCCAAGUAAUUUAUGAAAAAUAUAUUGAAAGUCAACUUCGUCCUUACUCUGUUGAUGCAGCAAAAAACCUCUUACUCCAAAUUAUUGAGGCAAGAUUUCUUAAGCAUGACCCAGGUGAAGUCUCACCAUCUUGUGAUGACACCUGGCUGGAAGACGAUGAGCCAGUAUCAUGUGAUACAGAUUCCUGGGCUGAGGGUCUGGUUCCAAUUCAUAGUUGCAUUUCCAGACCUUUGUCAGCACAAAGUGAAUCAAUGCGUUUCAAACACAACUCUCACGAAACAGUUGCCAUUGAGAAAUCUCAAAGUGAUGGUGAAUCAGAAGCAGAUUACCAAUCUGAAAGUAUACAAGGAAUGUCUGAUAAUUUGGAAGGAAAUGAAGACAAAAGUUUGAAUAGUUCAAAGAACAUCACUCCUUCUCCACCUCCAACAUCAAGAGUUGAAUCUGCAGGUAGACGUAAAUAUCCAAGUAAAUAUCCCAUCAAAUGUCAAAAAAGGACAAACAAAGACAAAAAUAUGAAAAAGAUCAAGCCAAAAAGAAUACCUUCGCAAGAUAACAUUGUUGAUGUACAUCAUUCAGAGGCAGCAAAAAUUGUCGAAAAAUGUGUUGGUCAGACUGCUCAAAAUCGAUCACCUCGACUGCAGGAAGAAGUGACGUUCGAUGAAAGUGGGAACACUGUGGCCAUGAUGAGGAUAAGUGUGGAUAAACUUCCCACACGUAGAAUACGGCCAAGUUUUGAGAUCGUCGAACCACAACAUGAUAUGAUACAUUCUCGAAAAACUACCACUAGAAAUCCUUUAAUAUCAACCAUUUCAAACAUGCAAAAGAAUUCAAAUGAAGCACGUGUAAAAAAGUUGUCGGAUCACAAGCAGUUUCUUGUAUCAACGAACACGGUUACAACUUCAUUGGAGGCUUUCGUGGAUGAUGGCGAAAUUAUAAAACCAUUACCACCUCCAUUGGCUGAUUCAAUGGAUAUUUCAGCGGGAGUUGUUGUUCGUGAGGGACAAGUGGUACGAAAAGGUCCAGACUUGUUAACUGCUGGUCACCAUAUAUCACGGACUGAUGUUCUAGAUCUUCAACCAAUUGGACCACUGACUCAAAGACAAACGAUCUCCGUCUCUGAUGUAGUCGGUAACACGUCACCUGUUAUAAGAAAAAUGCGCUUACCAGAACCCAUUCCUCCUAUAGCGCAUCGUAGGUGAGCCUGAAUAUUAGAAUGUGAGAAAUUGGGUGGUUUAUUGAGAACACGUCUAACGUGGCAUAGACCAGUCUAAGCGAUAAAAUGAUUUGACCAUUUAUUCCAAUGACUUGCUAUUUUUAUAAAUAUUGUUGUCGUUAAGUUAUUUUUUCUAUAAAUACUCCAUGGUGUUUACAAAUCUAAGUAUCACCUCUAGGCCUGUUGCUUCAAAUCAAAAA